CUCCAUGUUUAAAUUAAAUAAGUUUAAAAAUACGUUAAAUUUAAGAAAUUUAAGAAAUAUUUACACUCUAUCAUCUGAUGAGUUGUUAUUGAAAGAUUCAAUUACGAAGCUAGCAAAUAACGACGUAAGACCUCUAGUCAGACAUAUGGAUGAGGCUGAGCAGAUGGAUAAAUCCAUUAUAAACAAGCUAUUCAAUAAUGGUCUCAUGGCUAUCGAAGUUGACUCCAAGUACGGUGGCUCAGACUGCUCAUUCAUGUCUGUCAUCCUCACCAUAGAGGAACUAGCAAAGGUAGACCCUUCAGUUAGCGUCAUGUGUGACGUACAAAAUACCCUCGUUUGUACCGUCUUCAACAAAUACGCUACAGAGAGUCAAAAAUCUCACUAUCUACCACAACUUUCGACAGACAAGAUCGGCUCGUUCUGUCUUUCUGAACCUGCAUCGGGCAGUGACGCUUUCGCUCUACAAACUAAGGCUACAAAGGUAGAUGGUGGUUAUAAGCUCAAUGGUACGAAAAUGUGGAUCACAAACGCUGCAGAAGCUGAAAUAUUCCUUAUUUUCGCAACUAUCGACCCUUCCCUUGGAUAUAAAGGAAUCACUUGCUUCAUCGUAGACAAAGAACAAGGCGUUGAAAUCGCUAAAAAGGAGCAAAAGCUGGGUAUCAGAGCAUCAUCCACUUGUGUGCUCAACUUUGACGACUUAUUCGUCCGUGAUGACCAAGUCAUGGGUGAAAUCGGCAAGGGAUACAAGAUUGCCAUUGAUAUACUCAAUGAGGGUCGCAUUGGCAUUGCGGCUCAAAUGAUCGGCCUCGCACAAGGCGCUUUCUCUGCUUCUGUGCCAUACACAUACCAACGUAAGCAAUUUGGUAAGCCAGUCGGUGAAUUCCAAGGCAUGCAAUUCUCUUUUGCUGAAGCAUAUACCCAAAUUGAGGCAGCGAAACUCCUAACAUAUAGUGCGGCAAGGUUGAAAGAACAAGGUGAAUCAUUCACGAAGGAAGCCGCAAUGGCAAAAUACUACUCGUCCAAGGUUGCCCAAGCUGUCUCAGGUAGUGCCAUUGAAUGGGCCGGUGGUGUUGGUUUCACUAGAGAAACUGGUAUUGAGAAGUACUGGAGAGACUCAAAGAUCGGUGCCAUCUACGAGGGUACCAGCAACAUUCAGCUCAAUACUAUAGCUAAGUUCAUUCAAAAGGAAUAUAGUGAUGUAUAAGGUGUUACAAGUGUUACGACCAUCACGAGAAACUAUAUAUCAACGAAUGUAAUUUUUCAUGAAUGUUUUUAUGACAACAAUAAUGAGUAACCUGACUCAUAAUACUUCCCUGAAGAACUUUGAAAAAUUCAUUUUAGCCCCUUCUAAUAGGCUUAACUUUUGUCUUAUCAAAUUCGACAAACUUUUCGUUACCAACCUUGGUAGACAAAUUGAAUGCUCUUUUUGGGGUUUCACUUUUGCUCAAAUCAAUAGACAUACGCUUUGAUCUUAGAGUUGAGCUUCUGUUCUCCCUUGCAGCUAUAGAUGGGCUAUUGAUCGAUUUGACUGGUAUGGAUAGUGUGCGCUUGUGUCCUGGUGUGUUUGCAAAUGUAUCUACCGAGGGGCGUCUAGUAGGUACCUUCUCGUUACUUUCUUGGCUCUCACUGCCAGUUCUUAAUCUACUCGCACGUGUUUGUCGAGGUGUAAUUGAUGGUGCCUUUACACUCUUCACAUCUAACGCUAAAGACUGACGUUUAUGCCCAGGUGUAUUACCAAAGUCAACAGGUGUACUACUCGUGCGCCUUCUUUGAGGUGUUGAUGUUUCGGUUUCUGAACCGCGACGAAGGUGUGAAGCCCGUGUCUGACGUACUUCAAACUUAGGUGUUGAUAAAGACUUCGGUGUGGGUAUAUUACGACGUUCUUCGUUCUCCUUGGAUGUGCUGCUCAAACUCUCACGUGAUGUCGUACGCUUUGGUGGUGGUGUGAUACCCAUACGUAACAUUGCAGCUCUACUCAAUUGUGGUUGAAUACUAGGACGACGAUUGGUUGAAGGAGCUUUACGAGCUUUGAAAGGUGUGUUUGUCUCAGAUAUCGCGUCCAAUGAGGAACUCACUGAGAGUGACUUCAAUUGCUCAUCUAUCGCGUUAUCAGUCGUAUCUGACACGAUAUUCGCGUUCGGGUCUUCGUUUGUGGUAUCUUCGCUCUUAUCAUUUUCUGCGCCUUGGUUGAGUAUACCUCCAAAUGCGGUGUCAAUGAGUGCACGUCCUUCUUCUGAUUCAACGGUUUGUUGUUCAACUAGGUUUGCAGUUUCAUUCAAUGGUUCACUCAAUAAAACUACUUGUUUGUCAUUCAAUCUACUUGAUUUACCCUCUUCCACUUCAAUUGGCUCAUUGAGUAUAGCCACGUGCUUUAUGCCCUCCAAUAUUGACGCCUGCGUCAUUUUAUUAUUAAGUUGUGA